UAAGGGUCCAUUUUAUAAUGGCGACUGGAAUGCCUGGUGAUUUUCGUCCGGGCGGUGCCUCCGUGCCCGCCACGAAAGUAGAGAUUUCCGUUUCUUGUCGAAAUCUAUUAGACAAAGAUGUCAUGUCAAAAUCGGAUCCAAUGUGUGUCAUGUACACCACCCAGCUUGGAUCAACCAAUUUUGCAGAGUAUGAACGUACAGAACAAAUCCAGAACACUUUAAACCCAGACUUUGUGCAUAAAUUUAUAGUGAAUUAUUAUUUUGAAGAACUACAAAAACUGAAAUUUGAAUUAUAUGAUGUGGACUCGCCAAAACAGAGACUCGGGGCACACGAUUUUCUUGGUCGAAUAGAAUGUACUUUGGGUGAGAUUCUUGGCUCUCCAAACCAGAGGCUGCAAAAACCAUUAACUGGCCAUGGGAGGAAAAAUGCGGGAACAAUUACCUUAUCUGCAGAAGAACUGAGCAAUUGUAAGGAUGAGCUUACGAUGCAAUUCAGAGGAAUUAAAUUAGAUAAAAAAGACUUUUUCGGGAAAUCAGAUCCAUAUCUUGUGUUCCAUCGAUGUAAUGAAGACAAUACGUUUACAAUCUGUCAUAAAACUGAGGUUAUAAAGAACACACUGAAUCCGACAUGGAAACCGUUUCGUCUCUCGGCUAGGGCAUUGUGUAAUGGCGAUUAUGACAGGACAAUAAAAAUAGAAUGUUACGACUGGGAUAGUGACGGAGGCCAUGACUUUAUUGGUGAGUUUACUACAAAUGCCAGGCAGCUAACUCAAGGUCCUGGACACAUUAACAGUUAUGAAGUUGUUAAUCCGAAAAAGGCUAAAAAGAAGAAGAGCUACAGGAAUUCUGGAACAAUUGAAUUAUUAAGCUGUAAAGUUGAACAAAUACAUUCAUUCUUAGAUUUCAUCAAAGGAGGAACCCAACUGAAUUUUACAGUAGCUAUAGACUUCACUGCUUCUAAUGGUAAUCCAAGUCAACCCACAUCAUUGCACUAUAUUAAUCCAUAUGAACCAAAUCAGUAUGCUAAAGCUUUACAGUCAGUUGGUGAGAUUAUUCAAGAUUACGAUAGUGACAAGAUGUUUCCUGCAUUAGGAUUCGGUGCUAGAGUUCCACCAGAUGGCAGAGUCUCACAUGAAUUUUUCUUGACUGGACCUAAAGGUGUUAUAGAAGACUGGAGACAGUUUAAACAGCUGGAAACUGAGAAUCGCAAAGAGCAAGAAAAAGAAAAGGAACAACUUGCUAAUAAACUUGCACUAACAUGUCGUACGAGUGCAGAGGAUGACAAAGAACAAGAAAUGUUGGAGUUACUAGAAGAUGAAUUUUUACAGGAAUAUAGAUUACGAAGAUUACAAGAGAUGCAAGAGAUUCUCCAUAGCAUACCCAUGUUUGGUUCAGUUCUUCAUCUUAACAGAGCAACUUUUCUAGAUGCAAUUGAUAAAGAGAAACCCCAAGUCACUGUGAUCAUCCAUAUAUAUAAAAAUGUAAGUACGCAAUCACAAAUUUUACACCUUGGAAAGAAAUCAUUACUUUAUAAUACUGAUAAAGUUGGUUUUGAAAUGCCAAAUCUGACAGAUUAUGGUUCUGCCAUGCCAAGCUGGCAUAUGGAUGGAUGUGAUGCUGUUAAUGGCUGUAUGCAAUGUCUAGCAGUGGAAUAUCCACGGAUAAAAUUCUGUGCAAUUAAAUCUACCGAGACACCAGUCAGUACAAACUUUUCUGAAUAUGGACUUCCAGCGCUAUUGGUGUACAAAAGCGGUGGACUCAUUGGUAACUUUGUCAGAAUCACAAACCAACUUGGGGAUGACUUUUUCGCUGGUGAUUUAGAAAACUUCCUACAAGAACAUGGUAUAUUGACUAGAAAAGAUGAACAGCUGCCAGCAGUUAUCCGUGGCUCCACUAACACUGAGGAUAAUGACAGUGAUUUGGAUCUGGACUGA